AACAACAAGACCAAGUAAUUCAAUAAACGGUCAACAUUCUCCCUUUACUUGAACAAUUGCUUGAAUCAUAACAACAACUACCCCCUGACGUCACAUCAUGUCUCCUCACGCCGAGAAGACCGUCUCUCGGUUCCAUGCCACCUCCACCGACAAGGCCAUCGCCAUUGAGGAGGAGUACGCUGCUCACAACUAUCACCCCCUCCCCGUGGUCUUUUCCCGCGCCGAAGGCGUCAACGUCUGGGACCCUGAGGGCAACCACUACUACGAUUUCCUCUCCGCCUACAGCGCUGUCAACCAAGGCCACUGUCACCCCGAGCUCAUCAAGACUCUCACUGAACAGGCUGGUCGAUUGACGCUCAGCUCUCGAGCAUUCUACAACGAUGUCUUCCCCAAGUGGGCUGAAAAGGUCCGAAGCGUCUUUGGUUACGACAUGGUUCUGCCCAUGUGCACUGGCGCUGAGGCUGUCGAGACUGCUAUUAAGAUUGCCCGCAAGUGGGCGUACAAGGUCAAGGGUGUUCCUCAGGAGAAGGCCUGGAUCUUUGGUGUUUCGGAGAACUUCCACGGUCGAACUAUGACCGCCAUCACCUUGUCAGUAGACCCCGAGUCAAGAGAGAACUACGGCCCUUAUGUUCCCAACGUCGGUGCCAUCAACCCCACCACCGGAAAGGCCAUCCGAUACAACAACAUUGCCGAUCUCGAAGAGGUUCUCGAGGCCCACGGCAAGGAGACCGCUGCUUUCAUCUGCGAGCCUAUUCAGGGUGAGGCUGGUGUUGUUGUCCCCGACGAUGAUUACCUCGCCAAGGUCCAGGCUCUCUGCACCAAGCACAAUGUUUUGUUCAUUUGCGACGAGAUUCAAACUGGUAUUGGACGAACUGGACGCAUGCUUUGCUCUGAAUGGGCCAACAUCAAGCCCGACCUUGUCACUCUUGGAAAGGCCAUCUCUGGUGGCAUGUACCCUGUGAGCUGCGUUCUCAGCAGCAAGGAGGUCAUGCUGGUUGUUGAGCCUGGCACUCAUGGAUCUACCUACGGAGGUAACCCUCUAGGAUCCGCUGUCUCCAUCCGCGCCCUUGAGAUCAUGGAAGAGGAAGAUCUCACUGCCAAGGCUGAUAAGCUUGGUAACAUGUUCCGUGAUGGUCUCAAAGCCCUCAACACUCCUAUUCUCAAGGUGAUCCGAGGAAAGGGUCUCCUCAACGCUGUUGUCAUCGACGAAUCUGCAGCCAACGGCCGAACCGCCUGGGAUCUGUGCUUGCUCCUCAAGAGCAAGGGUCUAUUGGCCAAGCCCACUCACGGCGACAUCAUCCGCUUUGCACCUCCUCUAGUUAUUAGCGAGGAGGACCUCAAAAAGGGCCUCAACAUUAUUGCCGAGGCUAUCAAGGAGCUUCCUACUGUCGAGCCUGCCAAGCACCACUAAUCAUGAUGUUGGGUAAAAUCUGCGAGCCCUGAGCGCAAUCUCUGGAUAUGAUGGGAACUAGGAAAAUGGCGUUUGUGAUUUUGGUCAAGCACCGAGUACCAUACUCGGAGAGCAUAGCGAAAUGAUGUACGUUCGAGAUGCAUAACAAGAGGCUAACCAGCACUCUUGUGGGCGUUUGUGGGAUUCCAUGUCGGCUAGGUAGCCUUGAACGAGUUGAAUACCCCAAUGAAUUGAAACUGCUAAAUGAUAUUGCUAAAAAUACGGUGUGU